AUGGGGUCAUUUAUAGAGAGGUGGCAGCCGGAAACGAACAAUUUUCACAUGCCUUGGGGUGAGAUGACGAUCACCCUACAUGAUGUCGCAUUUAUUUUGGGGUUGCGUGUUGACGGUCUAGCAGUGCACGGUGAUUCUGUUGAGGAGAGGCCUAUGUGUGAGUUGUUGCUAGCUGAGGUUCUUGAUUUGGACAUGGUCGAGGCGCAUGCCAAGCUCGGCAAUAGUGGGAUAAAAUGUUCGGAGUUUGUUGAGCGUGUACGCAGUCGGUCCCGAUCUUAUCGGCAGAAGGUGGUAGGAUAUUUGACGUUUUUGAUCGGUAUGACUUUGUUCCCCGACCGGAGUGUGGACAGGUUCAAGCCAACGUGGAUGAGAUAUUCUUCCGAUCUCGAGCACGUCGGCGAGUAUGUUUGGGGUGCAGCUGUCUUGGCUCAUUUAUACCGGCAGUUGAGCUUGACUAGUAGGGCCCACGUGAAGGGGUUACAGGGUUGCACGUUACUGCUUCAGGCCGAUCAGAUUGACUGGAUGCCUUACGGUCCGCACGUACAUAGACGCGUUCCGCGUACACUAUAUUAUGGGUGCAUAUAG